AUGUCAUCCCCAGAGCCUGAGCAACCACCACCACCAGUUUCCGUUUCCGAACCAAUAAACUCGGUUAGCCGUACCGUUACUAAUCCUUCUAACGAAGUUACUUGUAAUGAAAAACCAUCCGAUAAUAGCAGUGACAAUAAUGAUGUCGACGAAAUCCUCUCUAGAAGCAGUAUAGAACUGGAUCAUGAUGAAUCAGAUCAGGAUUUGGUAAGAAACUAUACACAUUCUGUCGCUGAUAUGGGCCCGAAUCAAGCCAGUGAAGCUCAGGAAAUGGAACGCGUUUCUCGAUCUCUUACCAACACCCAAUCACUUGCGGAAAUUGCUCGUAAAUCAACCGCUCCUUUGCCUCCAAUGGGUGGAGGUCGGCCAUAUCCUCCUGCUUUGCCAGAUAAAGAGCAAUACGUUGUGAGUUUUGAAGCCGAUAAUGACCUGAUGCAUCCUUUCAACUGGCCAUUCAAAAAGAAGUUGGGAAUUUUCUUUUGUUUGACGAUUUGUGUCAUGAUUAUCGCCUUUGGAUCAUCGGUUUUCUCAACCGGUAUCCCCGAAGUCUCUAAAGAAUUCCAUGUUUCUACCGAAGUGGGAACUCUUGGGGUAUCUCUUUACGUUCUUGGCUUUGCUACUGGACCAAUUGUUUGGGCCCCAUUGUCCGAAUUAUACGGUCGUAAAAUCGUGUUGAUCAUUUCUGUGUUUGUAUUCACUUGUUUCCAAUUUGCAGUGGCCACAGCAAAAGAUAUUCAAACUAUCAUGUUGAGUCGUUUCUUUGGUAGUUGUAUUGGUUCUGCUCCGCUUGUGGUCGUUGGUGCUGCCUUCAGUGACAUGUUCGACAACCGUACUCGUGGGUAUGCCAUUUCCUUCUUUUCCCUUGGUGUGGUCCUUGGACCUCAAUUAGCCCCAAUUGUUGGAGGAUUCAUUAGUUCCUCUUACCUUGGCUGGCGUUGGACAGAAUACAUUACUGGUAUCCUUGGUGCGGUUUCUCUUGUGCUUAUUGUCUUAGUCUACGAAGAAUCUCACCAUCCAAUCAUUUUGGUCCGUAAAGCAGAAGAUCUCCGUCGUCGUACCGGUAAUUGGGGUAUUCGUGCCGCCCACGAAGAGUUCAGUCUUUCAUUCCGUGAAAUUGCUGAAAAAAAUAUCUCUCGUCCAUUAGUAUUACUUUUCACCGAGCCAAUUCUUUUUCUCAUCACCAUUUACGUUUCAUUUGUCUAUGGUAUCCUUUAUCUUUGUUUGACAGCUUUCCCAUUAGUUUUUGAAUACGGCUAUGGCUGGAAAGGUGGGAUCGUCUAUUUGCCAUACAUUGGGAUGUGUGUAGGUCAAAUGUUGGGUUGCUUAUGGGUCAUUUAUUGUGAAAAAGAAUACAAACGUCAAGUUGAUCUUGCUGGUGGUAAACCUGUACCAGAAGCUCGUCUUCCUGCUCUUGCCCCAGGAGGUGUCAUUUUCCCAAUUGGAUUAUUGUGGCUUUGUUGGACCGGUAAUUAUUACGACAAAGUGCCUUGGCCUGCUCCAGCAUGUUCCGGAAUCUUUAUUGGGUUUGGUAUCAUGUCGAUUUUCUUACCUUCGAUAAAUUUCAUCAUCGAUUGUUAUUUGAUUUAUGCGGCAUCUGCAAUGGCUGCCAAUUCCUUCAUUAGAAGUAUUUUUGGGGCGGUUUUCCCAUUAUUUGGUACCUACAUGUUCACAGGUAUGGGUACCAACUGGGCAGGAUUAUUGCUUGGGUUAUUUGCCUUCUGUAUGACCCCAGUGCCAUUCCUCUUUAUGAAGUAUGGUAGAAAAAUUAGAGCCAGAUCGAAAUAUGCCUUCAAUUCAUAG